AUGAUGAAAAAAGCCUUCAGCAGGAUGUUCUUUCAUACAAAGAAGCCCCCCCAUGGGUACAUCCUGCAGAGAGUCGUAAGGUCGACAGCAUUGUUGGCAAAGGGCACUCUGCACAGCUCCCACGAGGUAGAGCGGAGCACAGAAAUGCAGAAAGGCACACUCUGCAACAAGGCAUCAUGGCUCCACCCCAACCACAGCCUGUCCCCUGUGCCCGCCAAUCAAGUGGCAUCCAGCAGCCCAUCGGGGUCAUCAUCAGGGGCCCUUGCCCAUGUCCCAAACUCUAAUAAAUCCCAGCAUGGAGAAUCAAGCCCCCGUCAAAGACAACAAGAAAAUGGGGCCAAACUUUUUCCUCGAGCUGCAACUGGUGGCGGCCACAGCAGGCCUGCCCACACAAACAUCUUUACCGCAGGCCUGUAUCUCUUCAUGCAGCGGGUUUUCUCGCUGCAGCCCAGGCGCAGCACUUCAAAAAGCAACAACGGUCCACAAAACUGUCCCAGGCGUUUGGGGGCCCUGCCUGAGAGCAGAAAACUUGAAGAAAAAACUCCGCCUAUGGCAAAUCAACUGAAUUGCGCAUCGCCCCAAAACACCCAAUCAUCCUAA